AUGUCCUUGUUCAGACUUCGGGAAUCGUGGAGCACAAAAUGUGGUGACUCUGAAGAGUUUGAAAAGGGAUCAUUAUGUAUUGGAAAUGUGGAUAAUGAGAGAGGUGAUUCGGGGUCUUGUUGUUUGGACAAGAUUGUGGUUGGAAGUUUGUCGGGAAUGUUGAGAAUAUACAAACCUCAGAAGAAUAAUUAUUAUCCAACAGAUUUAUUGUUAGAAAAACAGUUGGAGGCUCCCAUCUUGCAGUUAGAGAUUGGGAAAUUUAUUCCUAACUCGAGAGACAAUGCUUUGGGGGUAUUGAUGCCAAAAAAGUUUGCAGUGUAUACAAUUGUUAAACAAACAUCGGAUUAUUCAUCGGAACAACAAGACAGUAAUGCAAUGGAAGGGUAUGCACUUCAACUUUAUUAUGAGCAUACCUUGCAACGAUUAUCAUACAAUUUUUGCUACGGACCUUUUGGCGGGGCUUAUGGCAAAGACUACAUUUGCAUUCAGUCAUUUGAUGGCCAGCUCUCGUUCUUCGAACAAGAUCAUUUUACUUUUCAAAGAUUUCUCUCGACUAGUUUAAUACCUGGCCCGUUGAUAUAUAGCAGAUCAAUGGAUAGUUUUAUCACUUUCAAUUCUUCAAUGGAAGUGGAAGCAUACAAAUAUCAAAUGUUGGCAGCUUCUUCAGGGUCAACCCAAAAAGAAAACUCAAACGGAAAGAAAGUAAAAGCAACCUGGACUGUGAAUGUUGGAGAGGAAGUUUAUGACAUUGUUGUUGGCAGAUAUAGCCAGUAUUUAUCAGCAGGACAAAGUGAAAUACUUGCUGUGGGAGAAAGAACGCUAUUUAGUAUUAAGGAAAAUGGUGAGCUAGCAUCUCAAAUGAGGUUUGAUUAUUUUCCAAGUGCAGUUGAGCUCUAUAAAUCAGGAACCGAUCAGAAUGAUAGGAGCAAUUUAAUCAUAGGAACUCACAACAAAACUGUCAUGAUUUAUUCCGACCCUAAAUUAGCUUGGGCUGCUGGAAUGACAUCAAUUCCUGUGGCCAUCAGAGUGGCUAACAUAGGAGGAGUUAAAGGAGCUAUUGUGACGCUAGACGAAGAAGGAAAUUUAGCAUUAAAUUAUUUGGGAACAGGUGCCAUCUCCAAUACAGUUCCAACUCUUGAAAAUAAGGAUGUAGACUAUGAACGACUUGAAGAAGAAACUAAAAGACUACAACAAAUAAUUCGACGUACAAAACGAAAUCAAAAAGACGAAUCGUCUGAAGCACUUGUAAUUCGAGCUCAAAUUCCCAAUGCCGUUGAUCCUGAGUCAUUUAACACAAGCAAUGAGAACAAACGAGUAACCAUUCAAUUAUACAUUGGGUAUACAGGCAACAACUGUGUUCUUGAAAACAUAACUGUGAAUUUCCAUGUCGAAAAGCCAUUUUAUGUAAUUUCACCCACCACUUACAUUACCACGCUGAAUGGAGGAAAUCAGAGUACCCCAUUUGUUUUACCUGUAACCGUUUUUGGAGGAAGUGACUGCACUCCAAAGAGUUUGGAAGCAAGUGUGACAGCUAUUUAUCACGAUCCUGUAACAGGCCAACCAAAAAUUUCAAAUUGCCAUUUUCUUCUUCCUUUUGGGCUUUGUGGAGACGUAGUUCCAGCAAAGAAAAAUUCAACACAUAAGAUUACUCUUGAUACAAACAAAUCCCCAAUACCCAUCGCAUCAUUAUUUGAAGACUUAAUACAAAAAGAUGAAAUGUCAAACUUAAUAAGCGAGAAUAUUUUAACAUUCCAAUAUUCGAACGGAAAAGAUGCAACAAUCCUUGUUUCAAAGAAUGCUGGAAGGUACAGAGUUCAAUCGUCGUCAUUAGAUGCUAUGUAUAUUUUAGUCAAAGAAACAAUAAGAAGGCUAAAGCAAUGUGCAGCCGCUCUUCAUAUGGAGGACAAGCAACAAAUGAAAAUUGAAUUUACUGAGAACAUGCCAUUUUACCCUUACUUUGACGUAAUUGACUCACACUUCAAAAACAGAUUGGGACUCCAAAUUUAUUAUCAACAAUUAGACAAACUGGCAGCUCAGUUUAGAGCUUUACAAAAGAGAUUAUUGGUACGAUACAAAGACAAGAAUCCAACAUCCAUCAACAGCUUGGACAUUCUUUUUGAUAAGACCUACCAAGAAAUUUUAGGGAUCACAAAAAAAAUUGAGAAAACUCAACAAUCCUUAAAAGAAGCUUCUCAUGACCUUACUUGCUCGACAUUACUGAUGCAUAUUCUUGUUAAACUCAGAUAUUCAUUGGAUGACAAAGAGAUGGAAGUUUUGGAGAACCAUUGGCCCUCUUUUGUUAACGACGAAUCCCCUGGAUGGGAGGAAACACUUGAUUUUGGAUUAACACAAUUAUUGAAUACUGUGCUUACCAAAAAUCCAAAGGAAAAAAACCUUCAGACUGAACUUGAGAUGCCUGCUGACAGCAGCCGCCUGAAAAAGCGAAUUGCCAGCGUUGUUGAGAAAUUGCAAAACUUCAAACUUUUACCUGCUGAAGCUAAAGAUGAGAAAAAGAAGUAG